AUGAUCCAAUCAACAAUUAAUUCAGUGGUCGUACUUAUUGAAACAUGUUAUUUACCUGAUCCACGAAUUAUGCAACACCAUCUUCAACAACAACAACAACAACAACGAAAUAAUAACAUGGGGACCAUAAUCCAAGUCAACUUUACGACAAGCAUCCAGCAAUGGAAAGACGGGUGGGUGACCAGUGAAUCGAUGAAAAUCGAUACAUCCGGUGAUGAACUUAUUGUUGACGUCGACGAUGAUGCUCAACAAAAACCAAAACUGAAUCCACCUUUAGGUUUACACACAGCGGUAGCAGAAACUUUCAACAAAUUCUUGGACAAGUCUUACACGAAAAACGAUUGGAAUUGUGGACUUGAUCGGGAUCUUGGUACAUGGCGAAGAAAGCGGUUCAGCACAUAUGAAUACAACGAAUGCGAAGAAAAACAACAACGGGAAGAUAUGAAACGAUAUGCAAUUUAUGAUUGUGUAGUUGUAGCUGAAGUUUACUUCGAAAAAUAUCCGGAAACAGCAAACGAUUACGCAGCAACACUUCAAACUCCGACAACACCAGAAAUUCCAAUCACAACCACAACAAAUUCAUUAACUCGACAGCCUGAUGAAGUUCUGAUAUCAAAUGAACCAGAAACAAGUGUCGAAAUCGAUAGUGGAACAUCGACAAAACGAGAAAUAAUGUUAAAUCGGCCCGAAUUAUUGAACAAGAUGAAUGAAAAUGAACUUUUGGAUUUCUUACGGCCGACAUUAAAUCACCAAUCACAAAAGCCUCAACGAACACCGGAAGAAGAACUCCAAAAGAAGAAAGAAAGACAAAAAAAAUAA